AGGGCAUUCACCGGCCGGUUUCCAGUCCUUUCUUACAGGGAAUCCAAAAUGGCGGCUGACAGGGGCUGAGGGGCGGCUGUGGGCGAUUCAAGGGCGUCCAUGGCCUUGUUGGAGGCCGCUGUGGGCCUUCAAGGGCCCAGUGUUUACCGUGUGGCCCUGCCAGGCUUGGGCCUCCCUUUGAACCGCCGUUGGCGUUCAGGGAAUGCUGAGAAUGGAGGAAACCAGGGCCCUCAUGCUUCCCCAAGGGGCCUGUAUGAGAUCCUGGGAGUGUCCCAGGCUGCCACCCAGGCCCAGAUCAAGACGGCCUACUACAAGCAGUCUUUCCUGUACCACCCAGACCGCAAUGCCGGCAGCGAGGAGGCCGCGAGGCAUUUCACGCGCGUCAACGAGGCCUAUUUAGUCCUAGGCAGCGUGGGUCUGCGCAAGAAAUACGACCGCGGCCUUCUCAGCCGGGAGGACCUCCGCUCCGCCAGGAAACCUUCCGGGAAAGAGGGCCUGGCUACCUCGGCCCCGCUGCCCAAACGCAGCCAGACCUUCGCGGCCAGCCAGCCCUCCACCAAGCCCAUCUUCGACUUCGACAAGUUCUACCAGGCCCAUUACGGGGAGCAGCUGGAGCGGGAGCGGUUCCUGCGGGAGCGGCGGAGGGAGCAGCAGAAGCGCAAGGAGGAGGCGGAGAAGAGGUGGCAGGCGGAGGGCCUGCAGGAGCUGGGGGUGGCCGUCCUCUUUGUGGCCGCCGUGGUCCUCCUCUUUUACUCCAAGUGAGACCCGGAGGAGGAGGAGAAAGAGGGGGACCUGCAUCAUGACCAUGGUUCUCCUUUUGCACCUCAAGUGAGAAUCAAAGGAGGAGAGAGAUCAGCAGCAACAGAGAUGGGGAAUCUGCAUGAGUUGGGGCCGGUCUUCCUCUUCAUAACCACAUGGACCUCUUCUUUCCCCUCAAGUGAGGACCGGAGGAGGAGAAAGAAGGGGACCUGCAUGAGUUGGGGCUGGCCUUCCUCUUCAUCACGGCCAUAGUUCUCCUCUUGCACCUCAAGAGAGAGAUCAGCAGCAACAGAGAUACUGCUCUUCAUAACCAUAUGGCCCUCCUCUUUCAGCUCAAGUGAGAGCCAAAGGAGGAGAGAGAUCAGCAGCAACAGAGAUGCUUCUCUUCAUAGCCACAUGAUCCUCCUCUUUCACCUCAAGUGAGGACCAGAGGAGGAGAAAGAGGGGGACCUGCAUGAGUUGGGGCUGGCCUUCCUCUUCAUCACGGCCAUGGUUCUCCUCUUGCACCUCAAGUGAGAACCAAAGGAGGAGAGAGAUCAGCAGCAACAGAGAUGGGGAAACUGCAUGAGUUGGGGCUGGUCUUCCUCUUCAUCGCUCCUCUUAUACCUCAAGUUAGAAACGGAAGAGGAGGCAUGGUCAGAUGUCUUCCUCUUGUCCCUAUUGAAACUGGGGAAGAAAUGGCACUUAGAGGAUUUGCACAUGUUGGGCCUGGCCUUCCUCUUCAUGCUCAAGACCUCAAGCAAGAAGGGAGAGAAGCCCACUUUGCCUCAAUUGAAGCCAGCAGCGACACAAAGAGAAAUCUCUCACCAACAUGUUAUUCAUGUGUCAUUGGUCUUCUUCGGACCAUUGAAUGGCCUCUACGGAUAAUUUGAAUGUCAUCUCUUCAUGAAUCGGGUUCUGCUUGGACUUUUAGAACCACAAUUUUUCGGACUUGGACACAUCCCUUUCAAAAUCCACUCAAAGCUGAUUAUUGGAACAUUUUGGGCCUUUAGAACCAUUAUGUCAAUCUUAACAUUUGGCCAAAUUCCUUUCAGAAUGCCUGUAGUAACCAAUCGGUUGUCAAACUGACUAUCAGAUCGCCUUAGCUGUUUAACAUAUAAUCAGAAUUUAUUAUGCAUUUCCAACCAUGACAACAUCUCAAAGAAAGACUGGCGGCGUGGUCCCCAUUGAGCCUACAAGCCUCUGUGCUUAGCAGCCUCUUUACGAGUGCAGUUUGCAAUUUCAGAAAUAUUUGGAGAAUUGUUAGUAGCAGGUCUCCAGAUGUCGGUUCCAAAGAAAAGAGAGUGAACGGGAAUUCACUUUGCCUUAAUUCUCCCCAGUCCUGCCAUCCGUUCACUUUCUUUCAGUGGCCCUCCAAAUGAUUUUGACCCACAUCAACAAUGCAGACAAGGAAUGAUGGGAACAGCAGUCCAAAAUCACUCAUCUCCCAACACGAAGAAGAACAGAGACUUUUUAGCUGCCUAUCAAUGCUCUUGAAGGACUAUCCCCUUCUCAGAAUUAUUUUGGACAAGCGGAUGCUGAUUUUAGAACCUGGUGUGAUACUGUAAUCGAUAUGUGCACAUGGGAUUUAAACAAAUAAUGUAUAUGAGCUUUAUUUUAAUUUAUAAAGACACAAGAAAGGAGGUUAGAA